AUGCUCCUGCACUUGCUUCCGCUCUCCUGCCCCGCGCCACCGUUACACCUGCGCGGGACCGGCGGCUCGCCGCGGGUCCGGGCCGGGGGCAGGGCCAGGACGCGGGCUCUGCGGGAGACGGACGUGGAGCCGGAGACACCUCCGCGAAGGCGCCGCGGCUGCGAUGGCCACGAUCCGCACGCGGAUGGGAGCGGUCGAGACACCGGGGCGCUGCUGGCGUCGGUCAGGAGGCUUCUGCUCUCCGAGGCGCCGGCGGCGGAGGAGGGAGCCACGGAGGAGGAGCAGGGACAGUUCCCCAAGCGUUGGGCCAUCGUCUUCCUCUGCUUCUCCGCAUUCCUGCUCUGCAACAUGGACCGCGUAAAUAUGAGCAUUGCUAUUCUGCCUAUGUCCGCAGAGUAUGGUUGGAACCCACAGACUGUUGGUCUCAUCCAGUCAUCUUUCUUCUGGGGUUAUCUCCUAACUCAGAUAGCUGGAGGAAUAUGGGCAGAUACUGUUGGAGGAAAGACUGUCCUUGGUUUUGGUGUGGUUUGGUGGUCCAUAGCUACAGCUCUUACUCCUGUUGCAGCAAAGCUUGGCUUGCCAUUUCUUCUUGUUGUGCGGGCUUUCAUGGGAAUUGGUGAGGGGGUUGCCAUGCCUGCAAUGAACAAUAUUCUUUCGAAAUGGGUUCCUGUAUCAGAGAGGAGCAGAUCAUUGGCUCUUGUGUAUAGUGGAAUGUACCUUGGGUCAGUUACAGGACUUGCAUUUUCCCCCUUGCUGAUACAUAAGUUCGGUUGGCCAUCAGUCUUCUAUUCAUUCGGGUCCCUAGGGGUUGUUUGGGUCACGACAUGGGCAACCAAGGCAUAUAGUUCCCCACUUGAAGAUCCUGGAAUCAGCGCUGCAGAAAAGAAGCUUAUUUCUAGUCAGAGCACAGCAGGCGAGCCUGUUAAAACAAUUCCGUGGAGAUUAAUAUUAUCAAAACCACCUGUUUGGGCACUUAUAGUUUCUCAUUUCUGCCAUAACUGGGGAACUUUCAUUUUACUCACUUGGAUGCCCACAUACUACAACCAGGUUCUGAAAUUCAACCUUAUGGAAUCUGGCCUUUUCUGUGUUCUUCCCUGGUUCACGAUGGCAGUUUCUGCAAAUGUUGGUGGUUGGAUUGCAGACACACUUGUCAGUAGAGGAGUAUCUGUGACAACUGUUCGGAAGAUCAUGCAAUCAAUCGGAUUCUUGGGGCCAGCAUUUUUUCUAACUCAACUAAGCCAUGUCGACUCGCCUGCCAUGGCGGUGUUGUGCAUGGCUUGUAGCCAGGGAACCGAUGCAUUCUCGCAGUCUGGUCUAUACUCAAACCAUCAAGAUAUAGGCCCUCGAUAUGCAGGUGUACUGCUUGGUCUUUCCAACACGGCUGGGGUCUUAGCUGGUGUAUUUGGCACAGCAGCAACAGGAUACAUCUUGCAGCAUGGUUCUUGGGAUAACGUAUUCGAGUUAUCAGUAGUGCUUUAUCUGGUAGGGACUUUGGUAUGGAAUGUAUUCUCAACUGGCGAGAAGAUUCUUGAUUGA